AAUAAAUGUCAUUGUAUGUAUUGUCAACACGUCAUCUAUCUAUCGCUGUAGAUUUUUCAAUAAUUUUCCUAUUAGUUUUUAAUUUUUCAUGUAAUUUGCCACACAUAAGAGAAAUUUAACAUGGUGCUGAUAGCAGCUACAGUAUGUACGAAGUCAGGGAAAGCUCUUGUCUCCAGACAGUUCGUAGAGAUGAGCAAAGCCCGCAUCGAGGGCUUACUGGCGACCUUCCCGAAGCUCAUGCCUGGUGGCCGCCAGCACACGUUUGUGGAGACUGAUUCUGUCAGAUAUGUGUACCAACCAUUGGACAAACUGUACAUGCUGCUCAUCACAACUAAGGCCAGCAACAUUCUAGAGGAUCUGGAGACACUGCGCUUGUUUAGCAGAGUGGUGCCCGAAUACUGCACACAGCUGACGGAAGCCGAAGUAAUCAACCAAGCUUUUGACUUGUUGUUUGCAUUUGAUGAGAUCGUCGCCCUCGGCUACAGGGAGAGCGUUAACUUGGCGCAGGUUCGUUCAUUUGUUGAAAUGGACUCUCAUGAGGAGAAAAUCUACCAAGCUGUUAGACAGACGCAAGAACGCGAAGCAGCGAAUCGCAUGCGCGAACGAGCCAAGGAGCUCCAAAGGGAACGACUCGAGGCAGCCAAGCGGGGGCAACCCAUCCGGUCCCAGACCUCAUUCGGAGGGGGCUUCGGGUCCAGCAUGAGCUCCGGAUCUGAGCCCGCUAUGGAGAGAGUGCCCACUUCUGCCCCGGUCAGAGAUACACCCAGCAGUCGUCCGUCGGGACGGUCGGCCAUGAAGCUGGGGUCGCGCGGCGCCGACGCGGACUCGUUCGUGUCGCGCCUGCGCUCGGAGGGCGACGCGGCCGCGGCGCCCGCGACUGCUGCCGUGCCCGAUAAACCGCUGCCCGCCAACCAGAAGCUUGUUCACUUGCGAUUUGAGGAGCGGCUCAAUUUGGUGGCCGGCCGCGAUGGCGAUAUACAGAACUUUGAACUCUCAGGUUUGCUGACGCUGCGCAUCAGUAACGAACAGUUCGGUCGCAUUCACGUGCACGUCGACAACAAGGAUUCUAGAUCUCUGCAGCUGCAGACUCACCCUAACGUCGAUAAAGAAGCGUUCCGUUCUUCUGGCGUAAUCGGACUGAAGCAGAGCCAGAGGCCAUUCCCUCUCCACAGCGACGUGGGAGUCCUCAAGUGGAGAUUGACUGGCGCUGGGGCGGAUGACAAGCUGGCGCCACUCUCUGUGAAUUGUUGGCCGUCGGAAGGCGCCAACGGCGGCUGCGACGUGAACAUCGAGUACGAGUUGGAACAACCACACCUCACGCUCUCCGACGUCAACAUCACCAUUCCUCUGCCUUCUGGCAACACUCAAGUGGUGGUCCACCAAUGGGAGGGCAGCUACACGCAGAAGGGCAGGUCAUUGAUAUGGAGCAUCCCAGUGGUCAACGCUCAACAGAAAACUGGAAGCCUCGAGUUCACUGUGACCCCGGCCAUCCCCAACGAUUUCUUCCCGCUGACAGUGACGUGGACUUCGGAGACUUCCCUCGCCCAACUGACAGCUGUCAAAGUGACACAAGCCGAAGAUGGCAGUCCGGUGGAUUACUCUCAGGACAUAAGCUUCCACCCUGACAAAUAUGAGAUUGUUUAGAUAGACAUGUUUUGUCCGAAAUGUAUUAUUUCCACAGUUGGAUUGUAAAGCCGUGAUUCAUGUAAUAAAAGUAUAUUUAUCGAG